CGCCGGAGAAAUCCACUAUGCCGGAGCUUUUCCACAGUUAGGUUCAGCCGAUCAACUGCACUUCCAGGAUUAUUUAACGCUGUUUAGAAGCUGACAUCGUCUGCGGCGACAUGGGCGGGGUGUGCCUGUGCUGGUCGUGGACUUGCAGACCAGUGCGGCCGCUGUUCCUCCUGCUGGCGGCUGUGCCUGUCCUGCUGCACUCCUCUCAGAGUCCCGCAGCUGCUGGGGGGAAGAUAUACUCCCGAGGCAACCACUGGGCUGUAGGACACCUGAUGGGUAAGAAGAGCAUCGAGAGCCUGCGGGAGGGGAACAUCGUCAGCGGCUACCUCAGCCCCUCGGAGACAGCCAGGGUCACGGAGCUGCUGAUGGAGGCUCUCCUGCUACCAAAGAACCAAAAACCAAUGAUUUCACCGAGGGAGAGCAGGCUGCGGCGGCUCCACAGCAGCUGGAGGGGACUAAAGCAUCUCAGAGAGAUGUCAAACCUGCUUCUUCAAGACAAUCACUCCACCUGAACAGAAGAGGACGUCUGACUCAGACAGAGGCAUCGUUUUCUCUCCAUGCUCUGUAAACACAUAUCCACACUGUAUUUUUUUUUCUUUCGGCAGGGAACUCCACGGAUUUAUUUCAGUCUAUACAUUCAUACAGCAUUUUGAUUACUUGUUGAUCUGAUCAGGUUGUGUGCUGUUAUCUGAGGACCUGAAAAAUAAAUCUAUAAUUG